GUCGCGUCAGUACUGACUCGGUUAUGUGUGGGGGUGGAUUUUCGUUGCCCACUCAGUAUACGCGCGUUACGUUUCACGACUAAUACAACAUAUAACAUUCAGGAAACUGGCAACUUUUCAAAACUUUCAAAUACAGGACUUUGAGACUGGCUAAAACCAAAGUGAUCCCAAUAGUGUUUCCAAUUAUGCAAGUGGUGUGGAAAAUUGUUUAUUUGAGAGUAAUGGUUGCUGUGCUAGUCCUUCUAUCGAUGCUGGUCCUUGGGGGCACUGCUCAAACCUUCGCUCCCGAUGACGAGGAAUCAGUUGGAUUAUCUGAGGUUGAUGCAGUUCUGGGGCGAAGUGCAACAUUACCUUGCGAUAUAGAACCGAAUGUUCGUGAGGAUAGGGUCUAUAUGGUCCUGUGGUAUCGCGACAAAGGCAGCAAGCCGAUUUAUAGUUUUGAUGUUAGAGGAAGAGCAUUCAACAAGGCACUGCACUGGUCCGAUCCAGAAAUAUUCGGACCCAGGGCAUACUUUGUUACCGUCGCAAAACCAGCUGCUUUAACAUUGGAUGGAGUCCAACUGGAUGAUGAAGGCCUUUACCGUUGCCGCGUGGACUUUAAAACAUCUCCAACUAGGAAUUUUGCCAUCAACCUAACCGUAAUUGUUCCACCCCAUCAGCUUCUGGUCUACGAUAAUUCCGGACGUGACGUCACCGGGGUCGUCGGACCAUUGGAGGAAGGAUCGGAUCUCGUGCUUACCUGUGAAGUCAGGGGCGGGAGACCGACACCGACGGUUUCAUGGUUCAUAAACGAGAGACUGGUCGAGGGACAGCUGGAGGCCAUCGGGAACCAUGUGAUGGUCAACAGGCUGGAGGUGACAGGAGUCCGGCGAGAACAAUUAAACUCAACUUACAAGUGUCAAGCAAGUAACACGAAACUCAUGAUGCCGGCCGAGAAGACGGUACGCUUGGAGCUCCUCCUUCGUCCGUUGAGUGUGUCAAUAGUGAAAAAGCCUAUCCAGAUGGUUGCGGAUCAGGAAUAUUUGGUGCAAUGCGAAGUCGUCGGAUCGCGACCUCGGGCAGCCGUUAUUUGGACAAGGGAUAAUCGACCCUUCAGACGUGGAAAGAUCGUAGAGGAAGGCAAUGAGACUGCUGUGAUGAGCUCGGUGACAUUUGCACCGGUCCCAGAGGACGACGGCACAUUUCUCAAGUGCCGUGGCGACAACCCCAAAUUACCUGGAGUGGGCCAGGAGGACUCUUUCAAACUCAACGUUGUUUACCCACCGCAAGUGGCACUGCAUUUGGGUAGUACUCUUAACCCCGAGGACAUCAAAGAGGGAGACGACGUAUACUUCGAAUGCAACAUUAGAUCCAAUCCAAAGCAGCACAAGAUCACCUGGUUUCACAACGGUGAGCUAGUGACUCAGAACAUGUCCCUCGGCGUGAUCAUAAGUACCCACAGCUUGGUACUGCAGAGAGUGACCAGGUGGCAAAGCGGUGCGUACACCUGUCUGGCAUCAAAUCCAAGGGGAGAAACUAUGAGCAAGCCUGUCAAUCUGCGUGUCAGAUUCGCACCCGUUUGUAGAGAUGGCGAUAUGACGAUCAUCGGAGCUUCGCUGGACGAAGUAUUACGUGUACAAUGCCACGUGGCAGCGGACCCCAGCGACGUGACAUUCGUGUGGCAGUUCAAUAACAGCGGUGAAAGUUUUGACGUUUCUCCCGCAAGAUUUGCCACAAACAGCGGCAAUAUCAGCGAACUAAUGUACACCCCGGCAUCGCAGAGGGAUUACGGUACACUCACCUGUUGGGGCAAGAACACAAUUGGAAGACAAUCCGAUCCUUGCGUCUUUCAAGUGGUCCCUGCCUCGAAACCAAGUCCUCUGACGAAUUGUACACUUCGUGCAGCUGCUAAUCACAGCUCAGAUGCUCUGGAAGUUGAAUGUCGCGCAGGCUAUGACGGUGGCCUUCCACAACGCUUUGUUCUUGAAGCUUAUGAUCCUUUUACAAUGCGGAUGCGGCUUAAUUUAACAACAUCUAACUCAGAAUAUCCUAUAUUUCGACUGGAAUUAAACGAGCUUCUUGUGGGCGAAGGUCUUCCGCCCACUUUGCGGAUCGUCGUUUACGCACAGAACGCCAAAGGCAGGAGCGAAAAAAUGGUUUUGGAGGAUAUUACUUUAAACGACGCUGAAAAACAUACAGAUGGAACUGCAAAUCUUAGCAUUCUGCCUAUAGCGGCAUUAUUGACAGGUUCUCUGCUGACACUUGGAAUAGCCGUUCUAUUGAUAGUUGUGUUGGCUGUGAGACGUCGUCAUAGACAUUGUGCGGGUAAUCAUUGCAGUCAUCAAUUAGACCCGUCUAAGCAGCCGAAGAUAACGCCUCAAACGUCCAGACCAGGAUCAAUGCUGGAGAUCAACACGGGAGAGCAUCGUUACGUCGUGGCUUACACCUUGAAGCCGGUGACCGAUUGCGUCGUUGGACAAUCAUCAGCCACCGCAGAACACCAGCCUGACAUCUUAAACACGCCAAGAAGUGCCGGAACCGCGACACCCCCGAGUGCCGGAGGCGCCCUUCCGCGUCCUGACGCCCUCUUCACCCCACCGGGAGACCACAAUCGUCAGAGUCCCGCGUUUGCCAACUUCUCGGAGGCGUCCCCCGAAUUGAUGGGCCAGACCAGUGCCACUACUUUGGGAAGGAUAAGAUCUCGGCCCAGGGAUGGACCGUUUACCUCUUUUGCUACGAUGAGGCGGGACCACAUCAUCGCAGAUUCGAUACCCGGACCAGAGAGUUGUGUCUAAAGAGAUACAUGAUUACUUCGCGGUGCGCAUAAAAGUCAACCUGUGAUACAGGAGUGUAGAUGCCAAGUUUAACUCAAAUAACGGAUACACAUACAACAUACAUGAAUAAUGAUAAAAAAAUAGAGAAGGAAAUUGAUAAAAAAAAAUACAAUCAGACUCGAGCUUAACCGUAAGUUGUUAACUGUUUAGGAACUUUGGAUGAUAAUAGUCAACGAAAGAUUAAGAUGAAUAUAUAUAUAUAUAAUAUUUAGG